UGGUUCUCGAAUAUUCUCUGUUGAUAUAUAUAUAUAUACAAACCAACACGCCCGGCUUGCUUUUUGAAAAGCGGCAGAAAGAGGUUGUGCAGUUUUUUUUUUAAUUGCAAGUCGUUAUAAUUAACAGGACAAGCACGGUUUUAAGAAACACGACGACGACCCGACCCCCCCCCUCCAGCCUCGAUGGAUCCCCAGAAGGUCGCGGAGCUGCAGGUCUUCGUGCAGCUCUGCAGGAAAAACCCGGCCGUCCUGCAGCAGCCCGAGCUGAAGUUCUUUCGGGACUGGAUCGAGAGUUUGGGUGGCAGAGUCCCUCUGAUCAACCGUAGUGAUGAGUCACCAAAGAAGGCGAAGCCCGACCAGGAACCACAGUCCAAACCAGAGGCAGAACCAGAAUCUGAGAGCGAAGAGAGUGAAUUGGAGAUCGACAACGAGGGAGUAAUCGCACCCGACACCGAUGAGCCUCAGGAGAUGGGAGACUUUGAAAAUAUAGAGGUUACUGAUGAAAUGGUGGAUCAAGCUAAUGAAAAGAAAAUGGAGGCAAUGAACGCCCUGGGAGAAGGUGACCUGCAGAAAGCCCUCGACUUGUUCACAGAAGCCAUCAAGUUGAACCCAUGUCUGGCUAUUUUGUACGCCAAGAGAGCCAGUGUGUUUGUUCGGAUGCAGAAACCGAACGCUGCGGUGAGAGAUUGUGACCGAGCCAUCAGCAUCAACCCAGACUCGGCACAGCCCUACAAGUGGAGAGGCAAAGCACACAGGUUGCUGGGGCACUGGGAGGAGGCUGGCAGAGAUCUUGCGAUGGCUUGUAAACUGGACUACGAUGAAGAGGCGAGCGCCAUGCUGAAGGAGGUCCAGCCCCGGGCUCUGAAGAUCGCCGAGCACCGACGAAAGUAUGAGAGGAAGAGAGAAGAGAAAGAGAUCAGAGACCGGAGAGAGAGAGUGAAGAAAGCAAAGGAGGAGCACGAGAGAGCACAGCGAGAGCAGGACGAGCGCGCGGAGGCUGGCGGUCCUCACGGAGGAUUCCCAGGAUUCCCUGGGUUCGGCGCUGCUGGUCCGGGUGGCGCUGGGUUCCCUGGGUUCGGCGCUGGCGGUGCUGGUCCGGGUGGCGCUGGUGCCGGUGGGUUCAACAUGCCAGGACUCAACGAGAUCUUCAACGACCCGGAAGUGCUCAUGGCUAUGAAGGAUCCUGAUGUCAUGGCUGCGUUCCAAGAUGUUGCUCAGAACCCCGCCAACAUCUCCAAAUACCAGAGCAACCCCAAAAUCAUGAAUCUCAUGGGCAAGCUGUCUUCCAAAUUCGGGGGCGCGCACCCCUAGAGACCUGGGCGGGGCUGGCAGGGGGGGUGUACCCCCAACUUCACAAACCUUAUCUGGGGAGCGGGUUGGGGUUGAGGGUGACUAAUCUAUUCUUCCUUUUUUGUAUAGAUUUGAUUCAGUUCAGUAGAGCUCUUUGUCUAAAGUUAAGGUUUAGCAGAGUGGAGCCAUUAUUAACCUGUCCUGCGACGCUCUGCUGCCCGAGAGAAAUACAGUCCUAAGAAAUAUAUAUAGACCUGAAUACAGCAGCCAUGUACUGUAAUUGGCCUGCCCCCUGGUGGCCGAGAGAAAUACAGCAGUAAGAAAUCUCUACCUUGUACCAUUCUUAACCUGCACUACUCUGCUGCCCCCUGGUGGCGGAGAGAAGUACACAGGUCUCAGCGAGGAGAAUGCAUUCGUUUGAUAUGCAACUGUCUCGAUCUUCUCUUUUUGUAAUGUUUAUGAACUUAAAUAAAAAAAAAUACUUCUUUGAUCAA